AUGGCCUUCAUUGAUUGUAACAAAGCACUAUGUUGGAUGAGUAUUAUUAUCACAACUGUAAUCCUUCUCUUCGCAGCAAUAGUAGUAACACUCUUCUUAGUACGAAGCGCAGUCCCAUUUGAUAACAUGAAGUUCCAUGUUGUUGAUGCUUCGCUAACAGAAUUUAGCCUAUCCAAUGACGAAAUGCUUCGCUACAAUCUAACCUUGGGCAUCAGUAUUAGGAAUAGUAACAAGAAGUUGAGUGUUUCUUAUACUCUAAUCAAAGCCACAACUUUCUGCUACGGCAAGAAUUUCAGCUCCCAUGAUAUAGGCGUUUUUCAACAAGCUCAUAAGACUACUACAUUGGUUCGUUCAGUAUUUCAAGGGCAUUCCUUGCUUGUGCUCACAGGUUCUGAGCCAAGGGAUUUCAAUGACGAUCAGAGGGAUGGAAAUUUUAACAUUCAUCUGAAACUCGAUAUUGCAUUUGAGUUGACUACUGAUGGCGAAGUAAAGGGACAUCCUUACCGAUCAAAAGUCAAGUGUGGAUUAAGAAUUCCAUUGUUGAAUUCUUCUUCGGAUAUAAGACUUGGCAGCUUGUUCAGCACUAAGAAGUGCAAAUUAGAUGAUAUCGUAAACUUGGAACGACCAAUUAACUAUUGGUUGCUUAUUCCGCACUGA